AUGAAGGGACUCGCGGUGGAUUUCUCUUUUGCGCUUCUACUCGUGGUGGAUUUGGUUCUGGGUCUCGCCGCGCAGCCCUUUCCUGGCCUGCGCCCUGACGCGCUGCUGCGUGGGAUGAGCGGCGGCCCCAGACGCAUCGUGCAGCGGCAGCAGACCAGCAGGCUGAACCUCUACAUGAUGCAGCUCUACCGGACCAUGCUGACCGAGGACCGGGCCAAGACCCCGAUGGCCAGCGUCGGCCGCAUCUGGACGGAGGACAACCCCGCUCUGCACGACUCCGACUCUGUCAUCAGCCUCGUCGCUAAAAGCUGCCAGCAGAUUGGCAAGAGGUGGUCCGUCACCUUUGACAUGUCCUCCAUGUCUGCAAGCGACAGCGUCCAACUGGCUGAAUUUCGCAUCCGCCUGCCUGCCUUCACAGAGUCUUCCAGAGCCUCAGUGGACAUCUUUCUCUCCCACAGGGACCGGUGCUCCGGCAUGCACUGCCCAGAGAACAGGCUUUUCCUGGGCCGCCUGAGAGCUCAUCCCAGCUCCAUGGUCUCCCCCUCCUCCUGGAAGGUGUUCAACACGACAGAGAUGCUCCGUCGCUGGCUGCGGUGGGAAGGCUCAGUGCAGAGGACGGAGGAGGACGAGGCCGAGGCCGAGGCAACGGAGGAGGAAGAGCAGGAGCAGGAGGGAGUCCAACACCCUACAGCUGACCGGGUCAUGAUGGUGGUCUUCUCAAGGCAGAACCCGAGCGGCCAGCGAACGCCAACCCUCAUCCGCACGGCGGAGCACUCCAAGUACGUCAGCCUGGACAGGGAGCGAGUGGCAGCUGGCUCUGGUUCCAGGACAAGGAGCCGCCGGUCCAAGAGGCACCACCAGACCCAGCAGCAGACAGUGGCUGGAGCUGCUCCUGUCAGCAAGCCCGCGGCGGAGGAGAAGAAGGGUCCUCUCUGCAGGAAGGUGGACAUGUGGGUGGACUUUGAGAAGCUCGGCUGGAGCGAGUGGAUCGUCUAUCCCAAACGGUACAACGCCUAUCGCUGUGAAGGAAGCUGUCCCACACCAGUUGAUGAGACCUUCACCCCAACAAACCAUGCAUACAUGCAGAGCCUGCUGAAACUUCACCACCCAGACAAGGUGCCAUGUCUGUCCUGUGUGCCAACGCGCCUGGCGCCGCUCUCCAUGUUGUACUACGAGAACGGGAAGAUGGUCAUGAGGCAUCACGAGAGCAUGGUGGUGGAGGAGUGCGGCUGCCACUGA